AAGCAGCCUAGAACGCCGCCAAGAUCCUCUUUCUCCCAGUCGUCCCUUGUCGCCUGCUCACUUCGCUUGGUUCACCUCCACUUUUAUCUCUCCGCAACCCAACUCACCGCGCUGCUCGCGUGGAUGCCGUCUAACCAUAGUCCAGUUCCAAACUUCUUCUUCGGAGUUCUUUCCGCCGUGCCUUCUUGAACCAACCCCGCUUCCGUGACCCCGCGGUUGCCGCCAUGCGACGAGCGGCGAGACGGAGGCGAGAGGAGCGGGUUGGGAGAAACCUUCAAGAGCAGUGUGGGCUGGACGCGUGAGGCGCGUAAGCGGCGUGAGGUGCGGGACACCCAGCAGCAGUGCUGAGAGUGCGUGGUGCAGUUGAGUGUACAGCGAUGAUUAUGAAUUGACUCCACGACACGACCAGCGCACCACCCACGGCACUGCGGAUUCAAGCGCAGCAGCGCCGCGUCGAGGCCCUGAGCCGUUCAUAGCCCUCUUGCCCUCUCACCCGGGUUGCCCCCCCGAUCUUGUAUCAUAUCCUUCUCUCUCGCGCACCCCCCUGACGGUCUCUUGGAAUCGGAGAGAUUUGUACAUAUUUGUCCUCUCCGCCUCUCCGCCUCUCCGCGUCUCCGCCCGUCCGUCAUGUCGUCCCCGACGCUGCUGGCGCGCCAGGCGUCGAUCUACUCGCUCACGCUCGACGAGUUCCAGGCGGCCUUCGCAGGCCCGUCGCACGCCGUCGCAUCCAUGCCCAUGGACGACUUCCUGCGAUCCGUCUGGCUCGCCGAGGAGUCGCACAUGCUCGCAGCCGCGGACCCGCGCGCGCGCGACAGGGCCGCGGGGCUGCUGCGCGCGCGCUCGCUGCGGCGGCAGAAAUCCGCAGCGGCGCUUCCGCGCGCGCUGACUGCGCGGACAGUAGAGGACGUGUGGAAAGACAUUCAGGCGGAACUAGCGGGGGAGGGGGAAGCAGAGGAAGGGGGCGGAGCGUCUGGGGAAGGAACGCGCACAGGGGGGGGAGCGCAGCAGCUAGCGCAGGGGCAAAGGCAGCAGCAGGGACGGCAAAUGUCGUUUGCGGAGAUAACACUAGAAGAUUUCCUGGUGCGCGCAGGGAUAUCGAAGGAAGAGCUUAUAGGGGGGAUAGAGGCGAUAGAGGGAGAGCAGGCAGGUGGGGAAGAGGGGAGUGGCGGAGUGGGGAACAGUGCGCGGAGAGAGGGGGAGGGGGAUGCAGUGGCCCAAGGGGAAGAGGCGGAGAGACGGGGGGAAGGAUUGGGGGCGACGGUAGGUGAGGAGGCAGGCGGGGGUGGCUCAGGGGGCAUGGGGGCGUAUAACGGUGCUGGCAGUGCUGCCAUGGCGCCCGAUGCAGCAGCAGCAGCAGCAGCAGCGACAGCAGGGUGGGCGCUGUACCCGCAUGCACUGACGCCAGGGCAAGCAAACCUCCUAUCCAUGCAGCUGCACCCCCACCACCACCACCACCAGCAGCAGGGGCAGCAGGGGCAGCAGGGCGGCCAGGGCGGGGGAGGCGGAGGCGGAGGGGGAGGGGCAGGGGCAGGGGAGCGGGCGCUGCGGCAGCAGGCGGUGGUGGAGAUGGCGGCGGCAGCCGUGGCGGACGCGGGGCACAGCCACGUGGCGUCCGCCUUCGCCGCCACGCACCACGCCGCUGCCGCCGCUGCCCUCGGAGAGCUGGGAACGCUGGGGUCGCUGGGUGCGCCGCCUGCUGGGCUCCCCAUGGGGCUGGGGAUGGGCGCAGGCAUGGGCGGGGGUGGGGGAAUGGCGGCCACUGCUUAUGGCUUGGGCGCAGGCAUGGGCGCAGGCAUGGGCGCAGGCAUGGGCACGGGGGGACCGGCGGGGCUGGCUGGUGCGGGCAUGAUGGGGAGGAAGCGGAGUGGGGAGGGGGGAGGGGCGCCGGUGGAGCGGAGGCAGAAGCGCAUGAUCAAGAACAGAGAGUCGGCGGCGCGGUCCAGGGCACGCAAACAGGCGUACACGGUGGAGCUGGAGGCGGAGGUGGCGCAGCUCAAGGAGGAGAACGAGCAGCUGCGCGCGCAGCUCAUGACGGCGCAGACGCAGGCCAUCCAAGUCGAGCAGCAGCGCAAGCAGCUAGCAGCCGGAAACCCCUCUUCAUCUGCAGCAGCGCCAGCAGCCGACUCCCCGCUGACUCCCCUACCGCCAGCCGCAGCCGGCCCGUGUAGUCUGCCUGCACAGGCACCCCCUGCUUCACACCACGUCGUGCCCGCUUCCCACCCGCACACUCCUCAUCCACACACUCCCUCUCCUGCUUCUGCGGCGCUCUGUGCGCCUGCUGCCCCAGUAGCUGCUGCAGCGGGUGCAACAGCAGCGGGUGCGGAGGGGCCUGCAGGCAGCAAGAGACUGGAGCGGUCGAGGUCAGGGCCGUGGUGACAGGGGGGAGCGCUCAGCAGCACUCGCUGCAGCUGGCCCGGCUCCAGGGGGAAUCACAAAGGCUCGAAUGAUUGGCAGGCUUACUACACAGCGUGGGCGGUUUACUUGCGGGCAGGGCAGGGCAGGGCGGGGCAGGGCAGGGCAGGGCAGGGCACUACUAACCAUGACAGGGGCUGGCAGGGAGAUUCCUGCCUUAGUGCAGAGCAAUGAUGUCUCUGGGAGGGACGGAAAAACACAUGGGUGACCCGGAUCCCUGGCUGUCCUGUUAUCCCCCGCAUAUACUAGCGAUCUCCAAAUCUCGACUCCCGCACGGGUACUACUGUAUGUGGGUACGAGUACGCAA